CGCAAUGGGUCGGCUCACAGACUCUCUGUCUCUGGUUGUUUUCAGAGGCUUAGAUCUUUCCCUCCUUUUGGGUUAUAAGGGUUUGUUUGGAGAUUGGUAAAUGGUGGAUGGUGGACACUGGACACCCAAAUCCAAAUGACAUCUAAGCAUUCCAAACCAUUUCUCUGAUCUCUCCAUUUUUUUCUCUUCUCUUUACCUGAGCUGUCUUCGUAUGGGGGAGGGGAUUUGAGAGCGACCUCCAUGCCGUAUCUGUCUUUCCGCUUAUAAGGUUUUGAGAUUCUUUCGAUUUUUCCCCUUCUUCUGGAGACGCUUCAGGUGGAAUAACUACAAUUUCUUUAUAACUUUUUCCUCUUUUUUGUUAUUCUCCGUCGUCGAAUUUAAAUUGCAAAACUGUCUAUUUCUUUCGGUCUUUGGUAUGUUUUUCUUGGGUGCGAGCCUUUUCAUGGCCGAUAGAUCGCAUUUAUGUUUAUAACAGUAGCGGAUUUGUUUUUCUUCUAAUCUUUUUUUCCCCAGGUGCUGGAGUUAUUGCAAAUGUGAAUUUCCAUACGUGGUCUUAAAGCUUUUGUUUUUUCUACUGAGGAGAUAAACCCGUUUUUUCUGCAACUUCUUUUUUUAAUGUGACCUGCAGUUUCCACGAUGGAGCUCAGCCAGUUUUUACUCUAGCAUUCGGUUAUAUUAUCCUAGACCUUCGAAACGAGUGAAAAAAAUGAUCUUUAGUUCAGAUUCUUAAGAGUUUCCUUUUAUUUGUUCCCAAAUGGCGUUUAGGUUUUAGAUUUUGAGGUUUGAGUAGGCAUGGCUUCUAAGAGGCAAAAGGAUUCGCCGGAGGAGGAGAAGAAGCAGGCUUCGUCGUUCCCGGACGAGGUCUUAGAAUGUGUUCUUGGUUUCGUGAAAUCCCACAGGGAUAGGAGCUCUGUUUCUCUGGUUUGCAAGGACUGGUACAACGCCGAGAGAUGGAGUCGUACGCAUGUGUUUAUAGGGAACUGCUACUCUGUUUCUCCUGAGAUCCUAGUUCGGAGAUUUCCCAACAUUCGGAGCGUUACCCUGAAAGGGAAACCUCGGUUCUCAGACUUCAACCUUGUUCCCCUGAAUUGGGGAGCCGAUAUCCAUGCUUGGCUGGUGGUCUUCGCCUCAGCUUAUUCUUUUCUGGAGGAGCUGAGACUCAAGAGGAUGACCAUCACUGACGAGAGCCUGGAGUUUCUCGCAAAGUCUUUCCCAAACUUCAAAGCUCUCUCCCUUGUUAGUUGUGAUGGAUUCAGCACUGAUGGCCUUAAAGCUAUUGUAGCUCAUUGCAAGAACUUGACUGAGCUGGACAUACUGGAGAAUGGAAUUGAUGAUCUUGGAGGAAGCUGGUUAAGUUGUUUUCCUGAGAACUUUACAUCAUUAGAAGUUCUAAACUUUGCAAGUCUGAAUAGCGAAGUCAACUUUGAUGCCCUGGAGAGGCUUGUAGCCAGAUGCAAAUCACUCAAGGUAUUAAAGGUAAACAAGAAUGUGACUCUGGAACAAUUACAAAGGCUGCUUGUGCACACUUCUCAGUUAACAGAGUUGGGGACGGGCUCCUUCUCACAAGAGCUCACACUUAGGGAGUAUUCAGAACUGGAAAGUGCAUUCAGCAACUGCAAGAACUUAUAUACACUCUCAGGUUUAUCUGAAGCAACUUCUUUAUAUCUUCCAGCACUAUAUCCUGCCUGUGUGAAUCUGACUUUCUUGAAUCUAAGUGAUGCUGCAUUACAGAGUGCUGAGCUUGCUAAGCUCCUUCCUCAUUGCCCACAUCUUCGGCGCUUAUGGGUCUUGGACACUGUAGAAGACAAGGGGCUUGAGGCUGUGGGGUCCAGUUGCCCCUUGCUUGAGGAGCUCCGAGUAUUCCCUGCUGAACCCUUUGAACAGGAUGUUGUCAUUGGUGGAGUGACAGAAUCCGGUUUUGUGGCUGUCUCUCAAGGUUGCCGGAAGCUUCAUUAUGUCCUAUAUUUCUGUCGGCGGAUGACCAAUUCAGCAGUAGCUGCAGUAGUGAAAAAUUGUCCUGAUUUCACUCACUUCCGUCUCUGCAUCAUGAACCCUUGGGAGCCUGAUUAUCUGACAAAGGAGCCAAUGGAUGAGGCUUUUGGGGUAGUGGUGAAGACAUGCACCAAACUUCAGAGGCUUGCAGUCUCAGGCUUGCUCACUGACUUGACAUUUGAGUAUAUUGGGAAGUAUGCAAAAAAUCUGGAGACCCUCUCAGUGGCAUUUGCAGGCAGCAGUGACCGUGGUAUGCAGUGUGUUCUGGCAGGUUGCCCAAAACUAAGGAAACUUGAGAUUAGGGAUUGCCCAUUUGGCAAUGCAGCACUGCUGUCAGGGCUGGAGAGGUACGAGUCUAUGAGGUCACUCUGGAUGUCAGCGUGCCAUGUGACAAUGAAUGGUUGUAGACUGCUGGCAAGAGAGAUGCCAAGGCUGAAUGUAGAGGUGAUCAAAGAGGAUGGAAGUGAUGACACUCAUGCUGAGAAGGUUUAUGUCUAUCGUUCUGUUGCUGGGCCAAGAAGGGAUGCCCCACCUUUUGUUCUUACCCUCUGAAAAUAAAGAGCAAGACUGCCUAUCGAGUUUCACAACUGGUUAACAUGGAAGUUAAGAAGCAGCAGCCCAGAUGUGAUUCAUCAAGGGAUGAAAGAACAGUAGGGGACUGGGGAAAUGCCAAAUGUCAUUGCAAACACUGAUGAUACUGUAUCCCUUAACACAGUAAA